AUGUCUCAAGAACAAUUAGAUCUUAAAUCGAAGAAGUGGAUUCAAUUUCAAGCUCGAAAGUAUGCAGAUAAACAACUCAAAACCAGUUUUAUUGAUACUGGAAAACAAGAGAUGCCACCUGAACACGUUCGAAAGAUUAUCAAAGAUCACGGUGAUCUUUCGAAUCGAAAGUUUAGAACUGAUAAACGAGUUCAUUUAGGUGCUCUUAAAUAUGUACCUCAUGCAGUUAUGAAAUUAUUAGAAAACAUGCCGAUGCCUUGGGAACAAGUUCGGUCUGUACCGGUCAUCUAUCAUAUCACCGGUGCUAUUACUUUCGUCAAUGAAGUUCCAAAAGUCAUCCCACCUGUCUAUCACGCUCAAUGGGCUUCGAUGUGGUUGUCGAUGAGACGCGAAAAACGCGAUCGAAGACAUUUCAAAAGGAUGCGUUUCCCUCCUUUCGAUGACGAAGAACCACCACUCGAUUACGGUGAUAACAUCCUCGAUACCGAACCUUUAGAAGCCAUACAGAUGGAUCUAGAUGAAGAUGAAGACGCUCCAGUCUUUGAUUGGUUUUAUGAUCAUAAACCACUUGCGAAAAAGUACAAAGGUGUUCAAUACGUCAACGGGACGAGUUACAAGUCUUGGCAAUUGAACUUGGGGAUGAUGAGCACACUUUAUCGGAUCGGUCGAAAUUUGCUUAGUGAUUUUAUCGAUGAUAAUUACUUUUAUCUCUUCGAGCCAAAGGCUUUCUUUACUGCCAAGGCCAUGAACAUGGCGAUCCCUGGAGGCGCCCGUUUUGAGCCUCUGCAUCGUGAUGCAGAAUCGUAUGAUGACGAUUGGAAUGAAUUUAACGACAUCAAUAAAGUUAUCAUUCGUCAACAGAUUCGAACCGAAUAUCGUGUGGCUUUCCCUCACCUUUAUAAUUCUAGACCUCGAAGUGUUCAUAUUCCAAAGUAUCAUGAAGUCAAGAAUUUAUUUAUUCGAGUCGAAGAUCCUGAUCUACCUACAUUCUAUUUUGACCCGAUCAUUCAUCCAAUCUCUUCCAGAGCAGUUGCGCCUCAAAAUCAAGGUGUUUCCCAUGAAGAAGAAAUUUUCGGAGAUUCCGAUGAGGACGAUUUCAAACUACCUGAAUCCAUGGAACCGUUCCUUUCAGACAAACCUAUUGCAAAUGAUAAUACUACGUCAGCUAUAGCGAUGUGGUGGGCUCCUUACCCUUAUAAUCAUCGAAGUGGUAAGACUGUUAGGACGUUGGAUGUACCACUUGUUAAGAAUUGGUACAUGGAACAUUGUCCACCUGGCAUGCCUGUCAAAGUUAGGGUAUCGUAUCAAAAAUUGUUGAAGAACUAUGUCUUGAACGAGUUACACAAACGAAAACCUAAACCACAAUCUAAGAAAUAUCUAUUCAGACAAUUGAAGAAUACCAAAUUCUUUCAAACUACUCGAUUAGAUUGGGUGGAAGUUGGAUUGCAAGUUUGUAGACAAGGUUACAAUAUGUUGAACUUGCUGAUCCAUCGUAAAAACUUGAAUUAUCUUCACCUCGAUUACAACAUGAACUUGAAGCCCGUCAAGACUUUGACCACCAAAGAAAGAAAGAAAUCUAGAUUCGGAAAUGCAUUUCAUUUAUGUCGAGAAAUCCUAAGAUUGACCAAACUGAUCGUAGAUUGUCAUGUUCAAUAUCGUUUGGGAAAUGUAGAUGCAUUUCAAUUAGCAGAUGGAUUGCAAUUUGCAUUUGCACACGUAGGACAAUUAACUGGAAUGUAUAGAUACAAGUACAAAUUAAUGAAACAAAUCCGACAAUGUAAAGAUUUGAAACAUUUGAUUUAUUAUCGAUUCAAUACUGGUGCUGUUGGAAAAGGUCCUGGGGUUGGCUUUUGGGCUCCGGGUUGGAGAGUUUGGUUAUUCUUUAUGAGGGGUAUCGUACCUCUUUUGGAAAGAUGGUUAGGUAAUCUUUUGGCAAGACAGUUCGAGGGUAGAAAUAGUAAAGGUGUUGCAAAGACCGUGACUAAACAACGGGUCGAAAGUCACUUCGACUUGGAGUUGCGUGCUGCCGUUAUGCAUGAUAUCCUAGAUAUGAUGCCAGAAGGUUUGAAACAAAAUAAAUCCAAGACGAUCUUACAACAUCUCUCAGAAGCUUGGAGAUGUUGGAAAGCGAAUAUACCAUGGAAAGUACCGGGAAUGCCAACAGCCGUUGAGAAUAUCAUUUUGAGAUAUGUUAAAUCAAAGGCUGAUUGGUGGACCUCUGUGGCUCAUUAUAAUCGUGAACGUAUCAAACGUGGUGCUACGGUUGAUAAGACAGUCAGUAAGAAGAAUUUAGGAAGAUUGACUCGAUUGUAUCUCAAAGCUGAGCAAGAACGACAAAAUAGUUACCUCAAGGAUGGACCCUAUGUGACGGCUGAAGAGGCAGUUGCGAUAUAUUCAGCAACCGUACAUUGGUUAGAGAGUCGAAAAUUCGCACCAAUCCCCUUUCCACCCUUGAAUUAUAAACACGAUACCAAAUUAUUAGUCUUAGCUCUCGAGAAAUUGAAAGAAGCUUAUUCAGUUCAAGGUCGAUUGAAUCAAAACCAAAGGGAAGAAUUAGCUUUGAUUGAACAGGCUUAUGAUAAUCCUCAUGAAACUUUGUCGAGGAUUAAGAGGCUUUUGUUGACCCAGAGAGCUUUCAAAGAAGCUGGUUUGGAAUUCUUCGACACGUACGAUAAAUUGAUUCCCGUGUAUGACAUCGAACCUAUCGAGAAGAUCACUGAUGCAUACCUUGAUCAGUUCUUAUACUUCGAGGCCGAUAAGCGUGGUUUAUUCCCAGCUUGGAUCAAACCAGGAGACACCGAGCCACCACCACUUCUAGUGUACAAAUGGUGUCAGGGAAUCAACAACUUACACGAAGUAUGGGAGACAGCUGAUGGCGAAUGUAAUGUGAUGCUAGAGACUCAAUUAUCGAAACCUUACGAAAAGAUGGAUUUGACUCUCUUGAAUCGCUUAUUGAGAUUAAUCAUGGAUCACAAUCUAGCGGAUUAUAUCACUGCGAAGAAUAACAUCGUGCUAACUUACAAGGAUAUGAGUCAUGUCAAUUCUUAUGGCUUGAUACGUGGAUUGCAAUUUUCAAGCUUUGUGUUCCAGUUCUACGGUCUCGUACUUGAUCUCUUGAUCAUGGGUUUGCAAAGAGCAAGUGAAAUGGCUGGACCACCAUCGAUACCAAAUAACUUUUUACAAUAUCGUGAUACGGUGACCGAAGUUCGACAUCCGAUCAGGUUAUACUCUCGAUAUGUUGAUAAGAUUCAUAUCUUGUUCAGAUUUACGGCUGAAGAAUCUAGAGAUUUAAUUCAACGAUUCCUUUCAGCUAAUCCGGAUCCCAAUAACGAGAAUAUCAUUGGAUACAAUUCAAAACGAUGCUGGCCUCGUGAUUGUCGAAUGAGACUUAUCAAACAUGAUGUCAAUCUCGGAAGAGCCGUAUUUUGGGAUAUCAAAAACCGAUUGCCCAGAUCACUGACCACGAUCGAGUGGAUUGAUACUAAUGCUAGUGUUUACUCCAAAGAUAACCCUCAAUUGCUUUUCAGCAUGUGUAACUUUGAAGUCCGGAUUUUACCUAAGAUUCGUAAUGUCGGAGAAGCGUUCACCCUGAAGGAUGGAGUCUGGAACUUAGUCAACGAAGCUACCAAGGAAAGGACUGCUCAAGCAUAUCUUAGAGUUAGUGAUUAUGGAAUCGAUCAAUUUCAUAAUCGGAUUCGACAAGUCUUGAUGGCGUCUGGAUCGACAACAUUCAGUAAGAUUGUGAAUAAGUGGAACACUGCGAUCAUUGGUCUCAUGACAUACUAUCGAGAAGCUGUGAUUCAUACGAAUGAGAUGUUAGAUUUAUUGGUCAAGAGUGAAAACAAGAUUCAAACUCGUGUCAAGAUUGGAUUGAAUUCAAAGAUGCCUUCAAGAUUUCCACCGGUUGUGUUCUAUACACCCAAAGAAUUAGGUGGAUUAGGGAUGUUAUCGAUGGGUCAUAUUUUAAUUCCUGCGUCUGACUUACGUUGGUCCAAGCAAACCGAUACUGGAAUCACCCAUUUCAGAAGUGGAAUGAGUCAUGAAGAAGAUCAACUGAUUCCCAACUUGUAUCGUUAUAUUCAACCUUGGUCAUCUGAAUUCGAGGAUUCAUCUCGAGUUUGGUCAGAAUAUGCUAUGAAACGUAAAGAAGCGAAUUCGCAAAAUCGAAGAUUGACAUUAGAAGAUCUUGAAGAUAGUUGGGAUCGGGGAAUUCCCAGAAUCAAUACACUCUUUCAAAAAGAUCGACAUACACUGGCCUAUGAUAAAGGAUGGAGAGUUAGAACUGAUUGGAAACAAUAUCAAUUAUUGAAACAUAAUCCAUUCUGGUGGACUAAUCAAAGACAUGAUGGUAAACUUUGGCAAUUGAAUAAUUAUCGAGUUGAUGUGAUUGCAGCUUUAGGUGGUGUAGAGGGUAUACUUGAACAUACUCUUUUUAAGGGUACAUAUUUCCCUACUUGGGAAGGUUUGUUCUGGGAGAAAGCUUCUGGUUUUGAAGAAUCUAUGAAGUUCAAGAAAUUGACAAAUGCUCAGAGAUCUGGUUUGAAUCAAAUUCCUAAUCGUCGAUUUACUCUUUGGUGGUCACCUACCAUCAAUCGAGCCAAUGUUUAUGUUGGAUUUCAAGUUCAAUUGGAUUUGACUGGUAUCUUUAUGCAUGGAAAAAUCCCGACACUCAAGAUUUCAUUGAUUCAAAUUUUCAGAGCUCAUUUGUGGCAAAAGAUUCACGAAUCGGUGGUGAUGGAUCUCUGUCAAGUCUUUGAUCAAGAAUUAGAAGCCUUACAAAUUGAAACUGUACAAAAGGAAACUAUUCAUCCCAGAAAGAGUUAUAAGAUGAACAGUUCUUGUGCGGAUAUUCUACUCUUCAGUGCUUACAAGUGGAACAUCACCAGACCUUCAUUAUUGACGGACUCUAAGGAUAUAUUGGAUGGAACUACUAGUCAGAAGUAUUGGCUUGAUGUACAAUGUCGUUGGGGUGAUUUCGAUUCUCAUGAUAUUGAGAGAUACACUCGAUCCAAAUUCUUGGAUUACUCUCAAGAUAACACGUCGAUUUAUCCAUCACCCACUGGAUUGAUGAUUGGAAUUGAUUUAGCUUAUAACCUUCACUCAGCUUAUGGACAUUGGUUCCCGGGUGCUAAACCAUUGAUUCAACAAGCGAUGGCUAAGAUUAUGAAAGCUAAUCCAGCACUUUAUGUAUUGAGAGAACGAAUUCGAAAAGGAUUACAACUUUAUUCAUCCGAACCUACUGAACCUUAUUUGAAUUCACAAAACUAUUCAGAAUUGUUUUCAAAUCAAAUCAUUUGGUUUGUUGAUGAUACAAACGUAUAUCGAGUGACGAUUCAUAAGACUUUUGAAGGUAAUUUAACUACUAAACCGAUCAAUGGAGCGAUUUUCAUCUUUAACCCUCGUACGGGUCAAUUGUUUUUGAAAAUUAUUCAUACAUCUGUAUGGGCUGGACAAAAACGUUUGGGACAAUUGGCCAAAUGGAAGACUGCCGAAGAAGUGGCUGCGCUGAUUCGUUCGUUACCCGUGGAAGAACAACCUAAGCAAGUUAUCGUCACUCGUAAGGGAAUGUUGGAUCCACUCGAAGUCCAUUUACUCGAUUUCCCCAAUAUCGUGAUCAAGGGUAGUGAAUUACAACUACCUUUCCAAUCGGCCAUGAAACUUGAAAAGUUUGGAGAUUUGAUUUUACGAGCCACUCAACCUCAAAUGAUUCUUGCUAAUCUGUUUGAUGAUUGGCUUAAGUCGAUUUCCUCUUACACUGCUUUUUCAAGAUUGAUUUUACUUUUACGUUCAUUACAUGUGAAUCAAGAGAAAUCAAAGAUUAUCUUAAGACCUGAUAAAUCGACUAUCACUCAACCUCAUCAUGUUUGGCCUACUUUGACUGAUGAAGAAUGGAUGAGAGUCGAAUUGGCGCUUAGAGAUCUUAUAUUGGCGGAUUAUGCCAAGCGAAAUGCUGUCAAUACGGCCUCGCUCACUAGUUCGGAGAUUCGGGAUAUCAUUCUUGGUAUGGAGAUCCAAGCUCCUUCGAUUCAGCGUCAACAGAUGGCCGAAAUUGAAAAGACAGCAGAGCAAGCCAACCAAGUUACUGCUACUCAAACCCAGACCACGAAUGUACAUGGAGAUUUGAUUCAAGUGGUGACCACGACUCAAUACGAAACUCAAACGUUCUCAUCGAAGACGGAUUGGCGAAUUCGAGCGAUCAGUUCUACCAACUUACCAUUACGUUUACAACAUUGUUAUGUUCAAAAUGAUGAUGUAUCAGACUCACUUCCGACGUUCGUAUUGGCCAAGAACAUUAUGAAGUCAUUUGUUUGUUCUGCCGAUUUGAGGACACCUAUCGCAGCCAUACUUUUUGGACAAGUGGCAGCAGAUAAUAAUCGAGUGAUUGAAGUGAAAGCAGUAGCGGUCAUACCACAAAGAGCUAGUCAACGAUCCAUCGAAUUACCCAACGCAUUACCCAAACAUCCACUCUUAGAUGAUAUGAAGAUUGUAGGAGUGAUUCAUACCCAAGCACAAGAAUCACAAACACUUUCACCUAACGAUGCGAUCUUAUUCUCCAAGAUGAUGGCACAACAUUCACAACUUGAUGGUACUAGUAUCAUGCUCACUGUAGCUUUCACUCCUGGAUCUCUAUCUUUAUCGGCUUAUGUUUUAACACCUAAAGGGUUUGAGUGGGGUAGGAAUGCAGAUCCGAAUGCUCCUAAUGGUUAUAAUCCAGCUAGUAUGUCAGAAAGAGCUCAACUUUUACUUAGUGAUCGGAUCUUGGGUUCUACAUUUGUACCAACUGAUGGAAUUUGGAAUUAUUCCGUUGGUCUUGGUCCUCAAUUUCAAACUACUAUGGAAUAUAAUAUGACAUUAGCUGGUCAACCUAUUCCAUUUUGGGAUCCAGCUCAUCGACCUAAUCAUUUUAGUUCAUUCCAAAACGUAACGGUAGAUGAAGAAGUAGAUACAGAUUUAGUUGAUCCAUUUGCUUAAGAAAAGGAUCGUUUACAAGGGAAGCCAAGAUGAAUGAAAAUGAUUAAAUGGGUUAUGUGUAUGGAUUGACUCGAGUACAAAAAAAAAGAUUCAUAACAAGAUUUAAAGUAGAAAAGCAAAGAAAAUGAUUUUUUGUGGGUUUGGAAAAAUGAUUUGUAAUUAUAAUCAUAGUAAAUAAUUUGUUGAAUCAUAUCAUUCUUUUUGGAAAAACAAAAAGCAUUUGAUGAU